AAUGGUCACGUCAUAUUCAUUACGAUUCUAUUAAUUAUUUUUAAUUAAAAGUUCAAACGGCGCUUCAUAACCGAUCUUCUCCCUUCUGUUUCGCUGAUCUUCUGUUUUGGGUGAGAUCAUGGACCUAGAUCCUGUUCGGUACAUACAUUUCUAGCGAGAAAACCUACUUGUAAAAGAACCACAAUAAUCGGAACAUUGUCAGGGGAUUGUUCUUCUCUUCGUCCUAGAAGUAUACCCAAACCAUGGCUGGAAAAGAACCAUCUGAGCCAAGAGGAGAACUCACACUCGAAAGAAAUUUGAAACAAGAAGUAAAAGGAGAGGAUUUAUUUCAGCAAUUCUUAUAUGAACGUCUUAAAGACCAAGGAGAAAGUACUUUGGAAGAAGGAAGUGAUACAUCUCUAGAUUUGCCUGUGGAUCAAGGACCAAUAGAGAAUCAAGAGUUGGCAAGGGUUUCACUUGCAUUACGACAGCUCGGCGAUGAACAAACUGUAAUAAGACGAGGGUUUCUUACACCACUAUCCAGUGUACCGGGAAAAGGCAGAUCAGCUCUUACACCACAAUUAGGUGUAGAGGACGUAGGUCUAUUGAUGUAUCUCUACUACCGUUACAAAAUCUGGUCAGACAAUAGAAAGACAGAGGGAUACAGCCUUGAUGACUUGAUUGAUCAGUUUGCUUCUAUCGAAACAUCAACAGAGAAUUUCUCGCUCCUUUUCUUGGUGAAAGUUUUCUAUGGUCUGCCAAUCCAGAAGUGUGUCAUGCAUAUGGUAACAUAUUUAAUGGUUCAGUGGCUACUGUUCACAAGUCAGAGAGAAGAAAGGAGAGCAAAUCAGAGAAGAAAUACAGAGGUAGAAAGAGGACGUAUUGAUGUUAAUGAAGCUCAAUGGGAAUUCAUAACAGACACUCCCCGAGAGCUGGUCCUCCAAGAGAAUGAAGCAAUUAUUUCAUCAGGGGUCAAAUUCUCACCAUCCGGUGCUAAACUCAGCAAACCUCUCAAGGUCACAUUGGACCACAAUGCAUAUUUCUCUCAUCCAACGCGUGCAGAAAUUGUCUUCUACACACGCAGCAAUGAUUUGGAACCUUUUGAAAGAAUCCCUUCAUCUGUCAACGGUUAUCCACGUUGUGAGGUCAGGACUAAGGACUUGGAUUUCUUUGUCGAUCAUUUCUCAGAGUGGUGGAUCGUCGCUGUUUUCACCCGCUAUUUUAUUGGGAAGAGGAUCAAUUGCACGCCAUUCUUUCGCCCACCUGCAAGAAAGGGUUUCUCUCAUAUUAUGCUUCUCUGCUUGUAUGAUGACCUUACAGAAGUAAUUAAGAAAGUAAAAGAAGAAAUGUCAGAAUACAGAAAGCUGUUUCCUCCCCAACCCAUGUUCAUAGAAUGGAAGUGUGGAGAUAUCAACAUCGAGCUGUUAGAUGGCCCGAAGGAUAAUGAAAAGAGAAUUGACGAGGCGCAUGUAGAUGAACAAGAUUUUCAACGACUUGAUAGAAGACAACUUACCUUCGAUGUCAUGUCAUCAGUGACGGACCCAAGUCAGAGGUUCUUUAGAUUCAAGUUAAAACAAGUCAGAUCACUCUCAUCAUCUCCUACGAUGCUUCGAUUCAUCUUGCCAUAUGAUGAUCCGGCAACUACUACGGCAGCAGCAUCAACGAAAGUAGCAAGAGCAAAACCAGCAGCAAUGACAUCAGCAAUAACAACGACACCAGCAACAGCUUUGACUACAGCAACCACUGCUGCAAUGGUAGCAGCUGCAGCAACACCUGCAGAGUCUGAUCUGAAAGCGGACGCAAUACUGGACAGACUAGCCAAAUACGUACCUGUUGAUGCCUACACAACGUUGUGUAUCAACCUUGGUAUUGGGUUCAACGAAGCUGAAGGAAUCGCAGAUAGGUUUAACAGGGACUACCAAAGAGCUAUGAGGUACUGCUUUGCCCAGUGGAAGACAAAAACAGGUGGUGAUAUGGAAGAACUCAAAGAUAUACUUCAAGAGGCUGAGAUUGGGGAUUUAGUGAAGUAUAUAUACUGAUGGUACAUGGUUUCAACCGAUGCAACGAUUUCAAGCAGUAUAUAGAAGAUAUAGAAGAGCACAAAGACAUGUACUUCAAGAGGCUGAGAUUGGGGAUUUAGUGAGGUAUAUAUACUGAUGGUACAUGGUUUCAACCGAUGCAACGGUUUAAACCGAUGCAACAUGCAGUGUCCCUCAGAGAACUAUGAGGUACUGCUUUGCACCGUGAAAGACAACCGGUGGUGAUAUGGAAGAGCUCUAAGUUAUACGUCAAGAGGCUGAGAUUGGGGAUUUAGUCAGGUAUACAUACUGAUGGUGUUUCAAGCAGCACAUCGGUGUCAGCUGGUGCAACAUGCAGGUACCCCCAGAGAGCUACAAGGUACAGCUUUGCACAGUGGAAGACAAACAAGCGGUUAGCUCAAAGACAUACUUCAAGAGGCUGAUAUUGGGGAUUUAGUGAGGUAUAUAAACUGAUGGUGCUUACGGUGUCAACCACUGUCAUGUUAAGGUGAGAAAAAAAAUAAGGAUGAGGGUAUCUUAUGGUACAUUGGUCCAAGCCUGUGUCAUUGGACAAAAGUGGACUAAAUGUCUUUUAAGAAGGUUUCAACUGGUACAGCAUGUGUGAUGGAAGAUUCAUAGAAGUAAUAUGUGCUUAUGGUGCAAAUAUUCUGACGGGUGGAGCGUGCAGAGAUUUAAUUUUAAUUCAAUGAGGAAUUAAAAUAAAUGCCUUUAACAAGGAGAUGGAUGUAUUUACUUCUUAAUUAUUUUGCACUUUCUGGAAAAAAUCAGUACUUCAAGCCUUUAAGCUAUCAUAAAUAAUGUAGGUUUGUAUGUUUGAUUUAGGAUGCAGAUGCCUAUUAAUCUGAAAUUCACCUUGUACUUAUUUUUGUGCCUUGUUUUAGAAAGGGUUAAUUUAUUUUCAAAAUGCAAAUUUUAAUGUACACAGUAAAUAAUUUUUUUGCAUUCGUCAUUUUUUAUUCAUGACCAACUGCUCCAAUAGUCUCUGUAUAAGAAUUUUGUUUAAUGAUAAUAUGAAUAUCAAUAUUAGAAUCCUGAAAAGCACCACUAACAUGUACACACGAGAGAUUUAUAGGUAACUCUACCAAAGCCUAGUUAUUGGCUUACAAACACCAGCAAACAGAGAAUACUAAAUAAACCAAUAAUGUGUAAUUAUUAAAUAUUUAUCAAAAUGAUAUAUUGAUGUUUUAUUAAACAAGUAUAUUGUAGUAUGCUUUUUGCAAUUCUUAAAAAAGAUUGAGUAACGAUGUAUACAAACAGACCAAUAGUGUAUUUUUAUAAAAAUAAUCAUGUGAUACAUAAUUAGCCAAACUGUGAAUAUAACCAUAUAAAUCAUGAAAACUUCAAUUAUAAUGGUUUAAUGAUAAUGAUUUAACAUCCUGCAAUUGUAUUAUGAGUUAAUUGACUGAACUUAGUGUUGUUUCUUCUUGAGUUUAUGUUGGUCCUGGAAAGAGCUGUGUUGUUGUCGACGUGUUCAAACAUCACAAGUUAGUGAGCCAUCCACAAGAGUGAUGAUGGACGGUCAAGUAGUUUGACACGUUAUGCUCGGAGUCCAAUGGGCUCGGGCCAAUUCGCACCAAUUCAAAGCAGCUGUGGCGCGUAGUGACGUGCAGUGGCUCUACAUGUAACUGCCCCCCCCCCCAACUGGUGGUGCCAAAAAUUCAACGAGAUGUUUGAAAUUUUUGUCACGCCAAAUUUAUUUUUUGUGAAAUUUUGUCGCUGUUAGGAGCCAUUUUGAGCAACUGCAUGCAACUAGGCACCUUCUGGCUGGGUAACACUACAUGUAGGCUCCACAGCCGCUUCGCAUUACACAAACUGGCGCUGUCCCAGUGGACUCCUAUAGCAUUGGACGCCUCAUCAAUUUUCCUCUCCAUUGCACAUUUCCCCAUUUACAGCUUAUCUACCUAUUGGUGCCAAGGUUCUCAGCUACAUAUAUUAUUAUUUAGAUUCCAGAAAUAAAAAGACUUGUUUUUCCACAAAAGUUAGUCGUCUAAAUUCUGAAUUUGAAGCUCAAAAUGACUAAUAUGCCCAUUUACAGAGAACCUUGCUUGUGCACUUGCAUGUAAGAGGCAUCGCAAGAAAGUUUUGUUUAAUUCCAAUCAAGCAUAAGUCUCA